AUGGACCCUGAGAGCUCGCGGGUGAAGAUGAGGAGCGCGGUGUCGGUGCGGGAGGGCCAGGGAGUCGUGCUGCUCUGCGGACCACCCGUCCGGGCAGGAGAGUUGUCGUUUGCUUGGAUCUUCAACGAGUAUCCGUCGUUUGUGCAAGAGGAUAGCCGGCGGUUCGUGUCCCAAGAGACUGGGCACCUCUACAUAGCCAAGGUGGAGCCAUCAGAUGUGGGCAACUACACCUGUGUGGUGACCAGCACUGUGACCAAGAGCCAAGUCCUGGGGUCACCAACUCCUCUGGUGCUGCGCACGGAUGGUGUGAUGGGAGAAUAUGAACCCAAAAUAGAAGUUCAGUUUCCUGAGACACUUCCUGCAGCUAAAGGCUCAACUGUGAAGCUAGAAUGCUUUGCACUAGGGAACCCUGUGCCUCAGAUUAACUGGAGAAGAACAGAUGGUCUGCCAUUUCCAAGUAAAAUAAAACUGAGGAAAUCCAAUGGCAUGAUUGAAAUACCUAAUUUCCAGCAGGAGGAUGCAGGACUGUAUGAAUGUAUUACUGAAAACUCAAGAGGAAAAAACAUUGCAAGAGGACGACUCACUUAUUAUGCAAAACCUCACUGGCUCCAGACAAUAAAAGACAUUGAAGUUGCUGUGGAGGACACCUUGUACUGGGAUUGCAGAGCAAGUGGGAAGCCCAAACCAUCAUACAGGUGGCUGAAGGAUGGAGACCAGCUGGCAAUAGAGGGAAGGAUCCAAAUUGAAAACGGUGCACUUACAAUAUCAAAUCUAAAUCUGACAGAUUCUGGCAGAUACCAAUGCAUAGCUGAAAAUAAACACGGCGUCAUCUAUUCCAGUGCAGAGCUUAGAGUCAUAGCUUCUGCUCCAGAUUUUUCCAAGAAUCCCAUGAAGAAGCUGAUCCAGGUUCAGAUAGGCAGCACAGUUGAUUUUGAGUGCAAACCCAAAGCUUCUCCCAAGGCCAAAUGCUCCUGGAAGAAGGGAGGUGAGCAGCUACACGAAAACGAAAGAAUCACGUUACUAAAGGAUGGAGGGCUAAGAAUAGCCAAUGUGACCAAAGUUGAUUCUGGAAGCUACAUGUGCCUGGCAACAAACCAGUUUGGAACAGCCAGUGGCUCAACCACCUUAAUAGUUACAGAGCCAACGAGGAUUACUCUGGCACCUUCCAACAUGGAUGUCACUGUUGGAGAAAGUGUUGUCCUGCCCUGCCAGGUUCAGCAUGACCCUAUCCUGGACAUCAGCUUCACCUGGUAUUUCAAUGGAACACUCACUGAUUUCAAGAAAGAUGCUUCUCAUUUUGAGAAGGUUGGAGGGAGUGCAUCAGGAGAUUUAAUGAUUAGAAACAUCCAGCUGAAACAUAGUGGGAAGUAUGUUUGCAUGGUGAAGACAGAAGUGGACAGUGUAGCCUCUGCAGCAGAUCUCAUCGUACGAGGCUCACCUGGGCCCCCUGAACACGUGAAAGUGGAUGAAAUAACUGAUACCACGGCUCAGAUCUCCUGGCAAGAAGGCACAGACAAUCACAGCCCAGUAACCACCUACACCAUACAAGCAAGGACACCCUUUUCAGUUGGCUGGCAGCGGGUGACAACAGUUCCAGACGUGAUCGACGGAAAAACAUUCACAACCACAGUGGUGGAUUUAAAUCCUUGGGUUGAAUAUGAGUUUCGUGUAGUUGCCAGUAACAAAAUAGGAGGUGGAGAACCUAGUUUACCCUCAGAAAAAGUAAGAACUGAAGAGGCAGUUCCUGAAAUUCCCCCAUCUGAAGUCAGUGGGGGAGGAGGCAGCAGGUCUGAACUGGUCAUAACAUGGGAU